GUUUCUUCUCUGGCAGCUGAUCAGAUCAAACAGCAGCAGGAGGACGAGGUCUGCACACAGACCGCAGGCUAAACAGAUAACAACUCUAAAGUUUGUCUUAUUUGCAUUGGACACGACAGCGUUUUACAUCCAGCUAGAUUUUCUUCUUUUUUUUUAAACUUGUUUUACUGUUAGACACUUUUGCACGUUUUGCACGGAGCUGACGGAGACAGAAUGUCCCAUGAAUAGGCUACUCGCAGUGACAGUAGGCUAACGAUGAUAAUACGACAGCCUGACUGACUGAACUACAAUAUUUUGACAGGCUAUUCCUGGUACUGUAUCUGCAGGACUCAAGAGUGAGUUUUUAGCGACUCUAGAGUCAAAUGUUUACUUUUUACAUAGCAUUUACUGAUAUUAGAUCUUAUAUUAUGGCUACCUAGUGUGCGCAUUUUCUGGUUUUAUUUUCACUGCUUAAACAGUUAUUUAUAGAGCAUUUGUAAUUCAAGUGUCAAAUAUUACAAGUAUAACUCGGUUUUCCAGCCUUUUGUACAUGACUUCAAACCGACGGUCACUGGCCAAAACCCUCCUUUUCAUGCGGAACCCAUAAUUGGAGACCUCACCGUGCCAUCCACUUAACGCGCGCCCUCGACCGGAGCAGUAAUGCAGCACGAGCGCCUGCUCAAAGUCUUGGUCAUCGGCGAUCUCGGAGUCGGUAAAACGUCCAUCAUUAAGCGCUACGUGCACCAGGUCUUCUCCCAGCAUUACCGCGCCACCAUCGGAGUGGACUUCGCCCUCAAGGUGCUCCAAUGGGACCAUAGGACGGUGGUGCGGCUGCAGCUGUGGGACAUCGCCGGGCAGGAACGCUAUGGCAACAUGACCCGUGUGUACUACAGAGAGGCGGUAGGAGCCCUCGUCGUCUUCGACAUGACCAGACUGUCCACAUUUCAGGCCGUGCUCAAGUGGAAAGGAGACCUGGACUCAAAGGUCGCUCUUAGCAACGGGACACCAGUUCCAGCUGUUCUAUUGGGCAACAAGUGUGACCAGCGGAGUUUGUGCCCCAAGUUGCCCAAACUGGAGAACUUCUCCAGAGAGUACGGAUUCAUCGGCUGGUACGAAACCUCUGCCAAGGACAACACCAACAUUGAUGCAGCCAUCACAUGCUUGGUGAAGAGCAUCAUGACUGUGGAGGAUGAGAGAGCCUUGCGUGACGCCACUACCGCCAGCAGAAGCGAACCGGAAGGCAGCGUUCUGGUUCUGCCUCACUUCGACUACAACACAAAGGAGAAGGGACUCAGUGGGUGUUCAGGAUGCCCCUCGCUUAAAUCCAGAGACAGGGAAAACGACUGAGGGACGGAGGGGUGGACGGGUCUAACCCAGCAGACUGGAAAGAGAUUACUUUGUUAAAGGAUUAAUAUGCUGUAACUUAAAGAUGCCUCCCCUUCCUGCCUCCCUUUUAUCCUCACGAAUGCAUUUCUUCAGAGAUGUUAGAGGAAACAGUUUAAGAGUUUGGGUUUUUUUCUGAAAAAUCCAUUAUAUAAUUAAAUAAUUAUUGUAUUCGGUAGAACAGAAAUUGAGUAAAAAAAUGUGUUCACCAUUGAAGAAAUCUCUUCUCAGACAAAAGUAAUAUAUUUGAUCAUCUGAAAACCAGGUUUUUAUAAAUGAUAUAACUUUAUUUACAGACUCAAGGUCCAAAUAUAAAAGUACACAUAACAUAUUACAGGAAGGGUACACACAAACAUAAAAACAUACAGACAUACUGUCUACCACAUAUUACAUAAAACAUACAUACAUACACAGACAUAAAGAUAUUGAAAUAUUUUGUUUACAGCACAGCAACAUUUUUAGGCUUGAGAGAAUUUUACAAGAACUUUUUGUUUUGUAACAUGAUGAAAGUCAAUUCCUUAUAUAACCAUUUUAUUUGUGUAUUUUAUAAGUUCGCAUUAAUCCGUCACACGUCUUUUCUAUUUCUGUUCAGAACAUUUCAGAGGUCUUUUUUUGUGCUUUAAUUCUUUUGUUGUACAAAAGACGUGCUUUUUUCAUCGGGCUUUGAAAGCAAGAUCAACUGCAUAUGUUUAAAUUUAAAAAGCCAAGAAAACCUGUUCUAACCUCAACUGUUUUUAAAAUGUCUAAUGUUUUAUCUCUCUCUGUCUGUCUCUCACAGUGCUAUGUAAGCAGCUGCUUUAGUGAUUCUAGAUGUAUUGAUAUUUUAUUUGAGAUAAAUUAAAAGGGGGGGUUGUUUUGUAUGUUGAGUGUACUAAAUGCAGUUUAACUGUCACAACACAUGUAAGCUUCCUGAGGCAAAAAUCGUUGAUUCUUUUGCAUGUUUACACUACAGUUUGAGUUCAGUUACAGAUGAUCAUCUGAGGACUUAAAGGCACCCUUCUUCUUCUUCUUCUAUGGAGCAAUGUUUUAUUGAGUUGCUUCCCAUUUUGUUUGCAUCUCAAGCUCCACUAGCAUGUGAACAAGGAGGCAUACUGUAUGUACACAUUGCUGCUGACAGCAGAGGGUGGCACUUAAAAUGUGUUGUGCGUGCAAGCCACGCUAUUCCAUUGUUAGUUUAAAGAAGCAUUGCAAUGUGCCAAUGAAACACAGAAGACGAUGUAAACAUUGCUAUUUUUUAAAGUAAGUAUUGGAUUUGUGUUUUAUGAAAAAUGAAUUGCAUUGUCUGUCAGGCCUCAAUGGUUCUCACUAGUUGUUUUCAGGGUAUACCAAUACAACUGUAUUUGUCGACAAGAAAACUCAACAGGGUACCUUUAAAAUGGUGAUGUUAGCAGUCAUUUCUUUUAGUUUUGUUGCUUUGUCUCCAUCUAGUGCUCAGUGGUGUGUUCUCACUAAACUAUACUUUGAGAUCA